UAAACGCAGAUACAAAAUACAAAAUUAAAGAUAUAAGAUACAAGAUACAAGAUACAAGAUACAAAAGAUGCACAACAGUGUGCGUUCCAACUCAAAUAUCUGUUGGGAAACUAGUUUUAAGCCUUUUCUGAAAUCGUUUGUCUGUGAGAUUGUGUGUGUGUGUGUGUGUUUUUAACUCAGACUCGAGUUUGUGGCUAUAACCGAGAAAGAGUCAGUCAAAUGGGUGAAGUAAAAAUUGUGAGUGCGUUUUUGCUAAAGUGAAGAUACCAGAUACUUCAUCGUCACAAUAAACAAAAUUUUAAAAAAAUAAAAUAAAUAACUUCUAUUAAAUAAAUGUAAGAAGAGUGAAAUAAAAUCUUAAGUGAAAAUAAGUUAAGAUAAGUUAAGACAUCAAUUAACGGAUGCGAAAAUAUUUCGUGUAGAAAAAAAAUUAAAUCAUAACUGCAAACAGUAAUGAAAAAGUAAGUGACAUGCCGCUUUUAUGAAUCAUCACAACAACAAUUUGGAACAAUCAUCACAAACCCAACAAAAUAUCUUAAAGUCUAAACACUUCAACGUUGGCAAAGAGAAAGACCCGAGGUUCGUCUAUAAACACGUUCAGCGAUUUUUUAUCAACGACUCUCAUAUGCAAACAAAAACUAUUCAGCGCAAUACGCAACUAAAACAAAAUAAAAAAAGUCACCAAUACCCACUUCAGAUCGCGAGUUCGUAGCGUCCAUUCACGACGCUAUGCACAGAUUCCUGAACACCCACAGAAUGUCCGCAAGGCAUCAGUUGCUAGUUGCUCUCGCCAUUCUUAUUGCCACAGAGUUGCGAUGCGUGAAUGCCGCAACCGGUCAGGAAUGCCACGGCAAGGUCUGUCAUCCCAUCGAAGAAUACUGCUCUGAUUUCAGUGAAGCCUGUGCUCCAUGCGAGACAAUCUGUGAUGCUGCUUCACACAAUUUCAAUAAGGACGAUUGUGCCAGAAAGUGUGCAGAAUUCAAUCAGUACGAGCCAUUGAAAGCCGAGAUACAUUCUAUUCAAGCGCGCCUCAAUCUGACUCUUGUCUUGUUGAUUGUUUUGUUGGCAUUGAUUGUGAUUCGUUACGCCUAUAAGGGCAUCCGUUGGCUGCGCCACAAACCAUGCGUUUCCAUUGUUCUGAAGAAACUACAACCAAACAAAUUCGUUACCAAUCAUACGCACAAUGGCAAGGAUCUUGGUGGUACUACAAUACAAAACGUGAUGACCAUAAAUGAGAUCGAGAAUGCGCCAUCCCAAAUUUACAGUGUCACAGGCGCUGAAGGAUCGAUUUUAACUGUGACCACACCAGUCAGCACACGAUACCCAGCGGAAAAUAGCAGCACACCCACAUCGGUACCAACCGCGGAAUACUCAUACGAUAAUCAGGCAUUAGCAGUAACGCCAGUUUCGGAAAAGCCCAGUGGAACACAAGGUUUUUAACAUAUAAGAAUAUAUUAAAUAAUAAAAG